AUGAUGAAAAAUAAAAACAAAAACAAAAAGGUAUCUUUUUAUGAGCCAAGUAUUAAUAAGAAUGCCGAAGAAAAUGAAAAACAUGAAUUUAGUGAAACCCUUUUUGAAAAUGAAGAUGAUAAUGAUAUAAAUUUUUAUUCGAAUGAUAUCAGCGAUGAAGAUAUGUCAUAUAUGCUAAAAAAAUUUAAUCCCUUAGAUUUUGGUAUUAAAGAUAAAUUAACAGAAAGUGAAAAAAAAAUUAUUAUUCGCGAAAUUUUUGGAAGAACAUGUCCAAAUAAUUCGUCAGAACGUAAGGAAAACGAUAAAAACGAUAAAAAUGAUAAAAACGAUAAGAACGAAGAAAAAAAUGUUAAAGUUAAAAAAGUUCGAAACAAUAUCAUAGUAAAAGAUUUCAGCGCUGAUGAUAAUGUCCAAAACGAUACAAAUCACGAUAAAAUUGGUGAAAAAAAAAAAAAAAAAAAUAAUGAUGAUAAUUUUUCAUAUUUAGAUGGAGAUUGUUAUUUUCCAAAUGAUGGAUAUGAUUAUGAACAACAUUUAAAACCUAUAAGUAAUAAUUUUGUAGAAAUAAAAACAAAAAGUGAAAAUAAAAGUUUUGAAAUAAAACCAACUGAUGAAGAAGAAAAGGAAUUAUUUAAAACAUUUGAAGCUGAUAAUUAUGAAGAACUAAAUGAUAAUUUUGUAUAUGAAGCUCAAAAUGUUGAAACGAUAGAAAAAUUACAUAUUGACAGUAAAUUAAUAUGGGGAAAUCCAGAAUCAUUUCUUUUUAUAUCCAAUAAUAAUUUAUCUUCUACACAAAUUGGAGACGAAAAUGAAGAUGAAGAUGAAGAAGUUAUUUCCGAUUUUGAAAAUGAUAACUAUGAUAUAUCAGGAAAAAGUAUUGAGAGUACUAAUACAAUAGUACAUGAUAACAAUAGUACUAAAUAUUUUCAAUUAGAUAAUGAUAAAGAAUUGUUAUGUGAAAAUACAAAAAAUUCUAAAACAAUCACUUUUGAUGAAAAAGUGAAUUCUAGUACUAAAAAUAAAAUAAAACCUGAAAAAAAUGAUGAUUCCAUAAAGUUAAGCGAUUUAAUAAAUUUGGAAUUAAAAAAAGUAGAUUCUACCAAAAAUGGGAUCACAAAUGGUAUCGCGAAUGAUAACGCGAAUGAAAUAAAACGAAUUAUGAAAAAAAAUAAAAAAAUAAAAAAUAAAAAUAAAAAUAAACAAAAUAUAGAAAAUAUUGUUAUAAAUAUAAAUGAUCAGGAUAAAGAAAAAAUACUUAAAAUUGUUGAUAUUCAAAAUGAUGAAAUAGUAGUAAAUUCUGAUAGUUCGAGUUCCUAUUCAUCUGAUGAUGAUUCACUUUCCUAUGAUUGCCAAACAAUUUUGACAACAAAAACAAAUACAACGAAUCAUCCAAGUAAAUUAAUAAUACCAAAAGAUAUAAAAUUUACUCAAAUUAUAAAUAAAAAAAUGCUUAACACAAAUUUUGAAACUAAGGAAAAACCAAAUGAUACUGUGAACAAGCUUGAGCGUUAUUUGGUCCUUGAUCAGAUCAAAACGAAGAGAGAUAAAAAUGAAACCCCAGAGGAAAAGCGAGAAAGAAAAAAAUCAGUUAAGGAAGCCCAGCGAUUGAAUAGGAAAUUAAAGAAAGAAAAUUCGCUAAUUAUGAAGAAUGAAAAGAAAUUAAUGAAUAAAAAUGUUAACCCAUUUGAUAUUAGAGACAAUGUAAAAUAUAUUAAAUUGUAA